AUGAACACAGGAGUGCAUCGGGGAUUCCUCCGAAAAUAUGGAGGCUUCAUGUUCAAACAGUGGAAGGAGAAGUAUCUGGUGCUGACAGCAGAGGGCAGUCUGCUGGUGUGCCGUGACUCAGAGUCCCCACCAGACCAGGUAAUUUCUCUGCAGAGUAACUGUGAGACCAUCGCUGAGGGCAGAGACAUCCUUGACCUUCCCAAGUUACCCGUGGGGGCCAGGAGGGACUGCUGCUUUGCCCUUCUCCUGCCUCAAAACAAGUUCCUUCUUCUGCUCGCUGACAAUCCUGAUGACUGCAAUUUAUGGCUCAAUUUGAUCCGGAAAGUGAGAGAGGGUGUAAUGUCUCCCAUGAGCCUCCAGAGGCAGCGCAGUAUCACACCAUGUAUCUCAGACAGAGACUCCCUGCUGGACUCCUGCAGUGACAAAGAUCCAGGCUCCCCCAAAAUAUGUGACAACACCCCACCCUUGAGUCGCAUGGCUGACAGAGGGGGAUCCUUUAAAGAGCCAAAUCAAGUGAAUGGAGUGCGGCGACCUUUGAGGAGCGUGUCUGUAGCCCCUCCACACCGGGUGUCAGAUUGUCUUCGUCAUGGCAACAGCAGUGAUGCACGUGCGGUCCGGGCAGUGUGUCUACUGAUGGGGGGGGCCGCUGCCUCCUCAGCUCUGGGAUACCUCAACUCCUGUGCGCCUACGUCCCCCCUCGCAACCAGUCGGCCUCCUGAGAUCACCAGUGGCUCUGGGGGCUUUUCUGAGCUGUCCACAGGGGGUGCCUUCCACGCCUGCAGCCAGGAUGUGGACUCCCCACACCUCAACAGCUUCGACUUUGAGGGGGACUCUGAUUUUGAUGCAUUUGACUGUGGAUCAUUUGCUUUUUAAUUCCUUUUUUUUCUUUCAGAAAUGUGAUUAUGUGUACGUCUUUUCAUAAAUAAAUGAAUCAGCAUAUUCUUCCUGGCACAGUGCCCUUGCUCCUCAGGUAAAUCAUUCAUGACCCUGAGUCUUUGAACACUGUCUGUCUGUGUUGUAUCACUAUUUCCAAGCCACAGAAAAGCCUCAGGUCAGCCAGGGACACUGUAUAGUCACACACUCUUAACGAAUGAAACCCAAACCCGUCUCUUGUGGGAAGCAUCCACUGUAACUGUAUGUGUCGAUUUUAGACUUUUGGAGUUAACAUCAAUCAAUAUUUUCAUUUCACUGGUUACUUUUAAUUUUAUUUGUCAAAGAUCAUGCUCUAAGCUGUUACAUGCACAUACAACCCCAAAUGCAGGUUUGUAAACCCUAAUGUUACUGCAGCACUGUUUUGCUUCACGUGUGUCUCUGUUUUGUAGCUGCUUGUAAAGUAACAAAUCUACUCAGAUCUCAGGGCGUUGAAGGCGAUUUGUCUGAGCAUCUGCUAGACCCACAGACUGGGUUAUAAUAACAUCUGUAGAAAUACAAACAACUGCAAAUCUUUAUUUUAAUGCUAUAAUUUAAUAAAACCACAUGCAUAAAUGAAUUAACGCACCUUUGAAAGCUAUUGAUCACCUCAGUAUUUUGUAAAUAAUGUCAUGUUAAUUUAAUGUGCAGUAGAUAAUUAUAAUUACAAACCUAGUUGUGAUAUAAUGUAAAUGUUUGGUCUGUUGCAUUGCCAUUUUAAACUGUUGCUAUUGUAAAUAGACCUAAUGUCUGUAAUGAUAUAGGCUAAUAAAAUAAAU